AUGUCAGAAGUUCGGCCUGUUGUUCCAGGUAAAGUUUCUGGCUCAAAAUGUGUGCUGCCAAACGGGAAGCUGUUACAGAAGGCGGUCCGGAAGGAGGCGCGCCUGCUCACCGACAGAGAGCGCUUGCAGAUAGCGAUCGCGCUGAACAAGAUGAAAGCGGCUGGAUUGUAUGACCGCUAUGGUUUAGUGCACAAAUACAGCGGACUGCACGAAGGACCUGGUUUUUUCACGUGGCAUCGAGAGUAUCUGAAAAGGUUCGGCCUUCCAAUUAUAAUU